CAGAAAAAUUUUUGUGCCAAUGGAGCUUCUUACCGUUGCCGCUAAACCACAGAAAGUGAAGAGAGAACUGGAUGAAUCACAGAAAGCCAAAUUGAUUCGGGGCGCAGCAAUGGAACCAAAAUUGCGAAAAGAGCGCAUUGAGCUGAUAUUGAAUGAUCAGGACCUGGACAACGAUGUUUUUCUGAAGAAUUACAAUGUCAAAGUUGAACCGGACAUGAUUCAUCUAAAUGGAAGAGUGCUGGACGCACCCAAAUUGGAAUUGUUUGUAAGUAGUUCUUUUGCCGCUUCAUUUUUUACGCGUUUUUUAUUUUUGUGUCUGUGUUUUUGUUUGUACCGACUUUUCAUCUCGAGAUCUACAUGUAUGUGCUGGCCUUUGUCUCCAAAAUGGACGUCUUUGCCUACGUGA